AUGGACGACUACCCCGAGGUCGAUCUCCAGCGGUUCGACUUGGUGCGCACGAUCCUACGAAGUCGAGCGAGCGGAAGCAACGAAUACACGCAGUCUCAGAUGCUCAGUGCCAUAGAAGCCUGCAAAGAGGAGUACGCCCGCAUCUUUGUCGAAUACCGCCAUGAGAUGAAUGAUACGAUGCGAGUCCAACUUGAAGCCGAGUUGGCUUCACUCAACGAGAUGAUGGAUGCUGAGCGUGCUUCUUCUUCCUCUUUCUCCCUCUCCUCUUUUGCUAUUGCAACGCGACUCUUCGCUGAGCGAGGCCGAGGACAGCGGUCGUCCUCUUCUUCUUCUUCUGCUUCGUCUUCUUCACCGCGAGCAAGCAAUCACCCCAGUCCGAAUAUUGUCUCUCCUGCAAACAGCGGCAGUGAUGUGGCUGGUGGUAACAACAUUCCCAUGGCCGUGGAAGAUGGGCUUGAUUUCGCUGAUGCUGAGCUUGUAAGCAGUGACGUAGAAUCGCUCCUGAUCGACUAUGAAGAUAUGGAUAGCGACGAACUGGAAGAACUCUUGGACUUCCAUCCUAGUGAAGAUGAUGAAGAUGACGACGACGACGAAGAAAACGGGCAUCCACUCCACCCUGAACCGCUCAACGUCAGAUUGAUACAACGCCAAUUGACAGCGAAUGAUGUUGCCGAAGACGGAACACUCAUCUGCCCCAUCUCAUGGGAAGAUCUUGUCAUAGGUCAAACAGUAAGUGCUUUCACCCCUUGUGGUCAUUUCUUCUCUCUCGCAAAUCUCGCGAGGUGGAUGGAGGAUCAUAGAACUUGCCCGACUUGUCGAGCUAACAUUGUCGAUGCAUGGGCUAUUGUUGAUGACUAG